UAUAACUUGGCAAUCUUUAUGUUUGCGGGUCAUGAAACAACAGUUCAUAAAGAUGUUCAACAAAAAGCUAGAGAGGAAGUCAUGAGAAUUCUUGGUGAUUCUUUAACUCCAUCAGCAGAACAAUUGAAAUCAUUAAAAUAUAUAAAUAUGGUUAUUUAUGAAAAUCUUAGAAUAUAUCCAUCGGUCCCAAUCUUUUCAUUACGUAAAUUAAGUGAAGAUUUAAAAUGCAAAAACCAUGUAAUUCCAACUGGCACAACAAUUGGUAUAUAUUCUUACGGAAUACAUCAUUCACCAACGCUUUGGGAAAAUCCCGAAAAAUUUAUACCUGAGAGGUUUGAAAAUAAAAAUCCAGAGAAUUUGGAUUUUUACGGUUUUGGUGGUGGUUCUAGAAUGUCAGUUACUGAUACA